AUGGAUGCCCUCGACGGUAUUCUUUUGGUUCCCCCAGACCGAAGCCACAUCCUCGGUCGAGCAUCUUGGAAGCCUCGUUAUGUCGUCGUCAGCAGGCGUCAUGGCAACGCCAACGCCCGAGAUCGCAAGGGCAGUUCCUGCCUGCCCCCCAACGUCACCGCCGAUCGCCUCAGCGGCUCCAACUCGCACGUCCUCGCCAGCGACCCGACCGUGGCCGACUACUGCAUCAGCCUCUACAAAACCAAGGCAUGGCAGCCCGACGAUAGCGAUCCCGUUCAACAGUGGUCCACCCAUUGUGUAACCGACUGCCGGAUUCAGCUGGUUACCAAUCGCAAGCAAGAGCCUGUGCUGCCGACUCUCGUCAUCACCAUAUCUGACAAGGAUCGCCGUCGGAGGUCGAGCCGCGCCGCCGGCUUUAUUUCCAGCAACAAGGAGUGUCGGACCACGACCUUGUGGUUCCGGACCAGGCCAGAAGAACAACAUCCGAUUCCAAGUCUGCACGAUUGGGAGCGCUUCAUCUUGUCCAAAAGGGGAAUCACACAAUCCCAGAGCGCCGUCUCGCCCACCUUCACAAGUCCCUUUUCGCCCCGAUCCCGAGACAGCUCCGGCCAUGCUACCCUGCCCAGCAGCGGGAACAUAUCCUCCCAGUACAAAGCUUCGACGGCAAGCUACCCAACGGGUCCUCAUGAUUUUCCUCCCACUUUCGCCCCGGAGUCCCUAAGCUUGAGGUCGAAGCGAAGCGACAUCUCAUCUCCGUCGAGCAGCAUGAGCCACACCCAGCAAAAGGCUUCUCUCGCAGUCGCUGAACAACACUACACCACUGUGUUCCCUACAGACCUCGGGCCUGCAAAUCUCCCUGGGGACUACCCGGGAGAGUUUGUUGAAGGCCCGAACUCGGCCCAACGGAGAUCCUCCAUCAUGAGUCCACGAACCCGUGGUCGAGCCAGUGUCAGCUCUCAAGCCCAACCAGCUGCCAUGUACGAUGCUUCCCACCCCCCGGCUCCCGGAGAGACGAUUCUUGACCGGGCUUUCCAACUGGGACACAUUCCCGGAGCGGAAAUGUAUGUCCCCGGCCAGGAGAAGCUUAGCUCCAUCGCCAGGUUUGAUGCUCUCAUGCGGGAGGCGGAACAGAGACGACAGCGGAAGGAAGCAGCCGCCAAGGCGGCCCAAUUGCCUACGCGUAGCGCUUUUGACGAUGAUGACAGCUCGGAUGAUGAGUAUUCAGAUGCUACGGGCUCUGAUACCGACGGUCGCCCACAGGCAGCGGGCCGUCAUCCACACGCACCCCUGAUUUCAGCAGAAGCUCAACGGGCCUUGGCUUACAUCGCCGGUCGACAUGACGGAGGCCGCAGCUCGGUUUCCCAUCGUCCUGCCAUGUCCCGCGCCCAGCUCAGCUUCCACACCAGCAUGCUGCCGGCCUCGGUCAUCUCUACGAUGCCGGCACCGCGUCCCCACACCUCUCAUGCCAAGUUCCAGCCAAAGACUGGCCGCUCCCAGAGCACACCCCACCUGACCCCGAUCGUUGUUGCAACGACCAAUCUGGACCAGUCUGCGUCAGUUUCCAAAGGAAUAUCAGCAGCGAUGCCUCCUCCAAGCCAUCUACAUGGCGCGGAAAAGCGCCUCUCCAGUUCGAGCUCCAAAAGGUUGAGUUUCACCGAGUUUACCAAGAGGCUGUCCAGCAGCAGCAGCCUACUGCUCGUUCAGACAAAUUCCAACGCAGGUAGUAACGAAGCCGAGGUUCAGCCUUCGUCCGUCCCUCGGUCGACCUUGGCCCUUCGCGGCGCCUCCGGUACCGGACCCCCGCCACCCAGAAUCCAUGAACUGGACAGGAGGUGUGUUUGGCGCGGCGUCGUCGGGACCGAGGGCGGUUUCUUAUAG